UCUACGUCCCGAGGAGAAGAUGGCCGCCAGCAGCAGCUUGAAUUCUGGCAGUGAGGUGCCGACGGCAGCAUGGGAGAUUGAUCUCUCCCGGCUGCAGAUCAACGAUUUUGUGAAACAAGGGUCGCAGGGCACGCUGUUCUGUGGCAAGUACGACGGGCGCGAUGUCGCCGUGAAGCUGCUCGAGUGGGGGCGUGAUGGGCACUCCACGCCAGAACAGAUCAUCUGCCUAGGAGAGUCGCUGCGUGAGCUGGCUGCCGCUUGGGACGAGAUGGACCAUCCAAAUAUCGCCAAAUUCAUCGGCGCAUUCAUUGGUAAAUCACCACCGCCGGACACAACGUCCUUCGUCCUGACUGAGCGCCUCAACGGAGGAACAUUGAGGGAAUAUCUGGACAAGCAUACCAAGUGCAAACUGAACUACAAGAAUGCCGUCAACUUGGCGCUGGGAAUGGCUAGAGGGCUUAGCUAUCUGCAUUCGAGGCAGAUUGUGCACCAUAACGUCAGGACUGAGAACAUGCUCCUUGACGACAAUGUCAACAUAAAGAUCGCCGACUUCGGUGUGUCUUGCAUCGAUUCCGAUCCGAAGGACAUGACGGGGCGGACAGGCACGUCGUGCUACAAGGCGCCGGAGGUGCUCGACGGGAAGCCAUACAACCAUAAGUGCGACGUGUAUAGCUUUGGCAUCUGCCUAUGGGAAAUCUACUGCUGCGCCAACUUCAUCGAUGUCACGUCGGCAGCCCUCCACAACCAGCUACGACCGAAGAUCCCGAAAUGCUGCCCGCAGGACAUGGCGCGCAUCAUGAGGAUGUGCUGGGACGUCGAGCCGGCUUCGCGGCCAGAGAUGCAUGAGGUGGUAGGGAUGCUAGAGAAGCUGAACACCAAGAAAGGUCACGGCAUGGUGCCAGCGGGGCAGCCUUCCGGUUGCUCAUGCUUCUCAAUUAAACAUCAUUUCUCCUAGACGAGUCUAAUUGUAGGUACGGUUUCCUAGAAUUGUGUGUGUAUAUAGAUAUAUGUAUCUAUAUAUAAGUGUUUUGGUCGUCAGUCUUAGUUUGAUCAUAUGUCUAUGUAUCUAUAUACAUAGGUGU